UUCUGUGUGACCGUAAACAAGCAGAAAGGAGGAAUAAGGGCAAAGACAAACAGAGUGAGGAAGGAACUCGUGUGUCCGCGUUUGGAUGCUGGGAACUUCCAAAACCGUGGGAAGUUAUUACAUCCCUCCUUCAAGCUGAAGACAUCUGGAGCAGGUCUGGAGUUCAUCCAUGAUGCAGCCCCACCUCACGCUGUUGCUGGCGCUCGCGGCCUCUGCAGCUUCAGUGGAAUGGAGGCGCCCCAUAAUCAAAGUCAAUUCCAAGGUGGUGACAGGCUCUGAGGUGAUGGUUAGGGCCGGGAGGCCUCUGGAUCUGAGGUGUGAGGGCGACGGACCUGUAAGCUGGCAACCCAGGCUGCCCAAGCACAGGCGCUUUGUGUCCCGAGGAAGCGGGAACGUCCGCACGUUCAAGGUGGAUCGCCCUUCGGCAGAAUUCACUGGAACUUACAAGUGCUUCUACACUGCUGGGCCCAAAUCCAGUGACUUUGCCUCCUCGUUGCAUGUGUACGUGAAAGACCCUCAGCGAGUGUUCUGGACUAGCAGCAUAUCUCUGCGUGUAGUGAGGAAGGAGGGUGAGGACUUCCUGCUGCCCUGUCUGCUAACAGACCCUUCGGCCACUGAUCUGGGCCUCCGUAUGGACAACGGCACCACUGUGCCACCGGGAAUGAACUACACUGUGGACAAACACCGUGGCAUCCUCAUCCACAGCCUCCACCCGAGCUUCAAUGCUGACUAUGUCUGCACGGCUAAGAUCAAUGGAGUGGAAAGGACCUCCAAGGCCUUUUCCGUCAACGUCAUUCAGAAGCUUCGCUUCCCUCCGUAUGUCUUCUUGGAGACAGAUGAAUACGUCCGGAUAGUUGGGGAAGAAAUUAAGAUUCGCUGCACGACGCACAACCCCAACUUCAACUACAAUGUCACGUGGAAAUAUACCACCAAAACGAAGCCAACAAUAGAGGAGACAGUUCGCUCCAAUGGAGAGAAUCGUCUGGACAUCCAGAGCAUCCUUACCAUCUCUGCUGUGGACCUCGCAGACACAGGAAACAUAUCCUGCAUUGGUACUAACGAAGCUGGGGUGAACAGUACAACCACAUACCUGCUGGUUGUGGACAAGCCCUACAUCAGGCUGCUGCCCCAGCUCUCACCCAAACUGGCCCCCAAGGGGCUUUCUGUUGUGGUGAACGAGGGAGAAGACCUGGAGCUCAGCUUGCUGAUCGAAGCCUACCCUCAUAUUACCGAGCACCGAUGGCUGACUCCAACAUCACCCAACACACCCACACAGGAGCACAAGUUCAUCCGAUACAACAACAGAUACCACGCGACUCUGCAGCUGAAGAGAUUGAACAUACAGGAGCAAGGACAAUAUACUUUCUAUGCAAAGAGUGAUUUGGCCAACGCAUCCAUCUCGUUUCAAGUCCAAAUGUAUCAGAGACCCAAUGCGGUCGUUAGAUGGGAAAAUGUAACCACUCUGACUUGCACCUCAUUCGGCUAUCCCGCUCCAAGGAUCAUUUGGUAUCAGUGCAUGGGAAUACGACCCACGUGCAAUGAGAACACCUCAGGCUUGCAGCUGGCCAUCCCUCUCCAGGCUCCCACUGUGGAAGUCCAGAGGGAGGAGUACGGAGCUGUGGAGGUGGAGAGUGUCCUCACAGUUGGACCGUCCAGCCAGAGGAUGACGGUGGAGUGCGUAGCUUUCAACCUUGUAGGCGUGAGCCGAGACACGCUUGCCAUGGAGGUGUCUGACAAGCUCUUUAACACCACCUUGAGUGGAGCUGCAGGAAUUCUGGCAAUCUUCCUGCUUCUGUUGGUUAUUCUACUUUACAAAUAUAAGCAGAAACCCCGCUAUGAAAUCCGCUGGAAGAUCAUAGAGGCGAGGGAUGGCAACAAUUACACAUUUAUUGACCCCACGCAGCUGCCAUACAACGAGAAGUGGGAGUUUCCAAGAGACAAGCUCAAACUAGGAAAGAUUUUGGGUGCGGGUGCAUUUGGAAAAGUUGUUGAAGCAACGGCUUACGGUCUAGGAAAGGAGGACAACGUCAUGCGCGUGGCUGUGAAAAUGUUAAAAGCCUGUGCCCAUUCAGAUGAGAAGGAGGCCUUAAUGUCUGAGCUGAAGAUCCUGAGCCACUUGGGGCACCACAAACACAUAGUCAAUCUGCUCGGGGCCUGUACUUAUGGAGGACCGGUGCUUGUGAUCACAGAGUACUGCAGCCUCGGCGACCUUCUGAACUUCCUGCGCCAGAAGGCGGAGACUUUCGUAAACUUCGUCAUGAACAUUCCCGACAUCGAGGAGAGCUCGAUUGAUUAUAAAAACAUUUGCAUUCAGAAGCAGUUUAUCAGAAGUGACAGUGGGAUCUCCAGCGUGGCGUCAAGCAGUUACCUGGAGAUGAGACCCAGUCAGCUGCCAAAUGUAGAGCAACCUCGAGUUUCUUGUCCAGAAACAGAGUGCGAGGAGACUGGUGACUGGCCGCUGGACAUAGACGACCUGCUGAGAUUCUCCCUUCAAGUCGCGCAGGGCCUUGACUUUCUUGCUGCAAAAAAUUGUAUCCACAGAGACGUCGCCGCCAGGAACGUCCUCCUGACCAGCCGCAGAGAGGCAAAGAUUUGUGACUUCGGCUUGGCCCGAGACAUAAUGAAUGACUCCAACUACGUCGUGAAGGGCAACGCCCGUCUGCCUGUGAAGUGGAUGGCCCCAGAGAGCAUCUUUGACUGUGUCUACACUGUGCAGAGUGACGUCUGGUCCUACGGCAUCCUCUUAUGGGAGAUUUUCUCUUUGGGCCAGAGUCCGUAUCCCAGCAUGGCUGUGGACUCGAGGUUCUACAAGAUGGUGAAGCGCGGCUAUCAGAUGUCCCAGCCCGACUUUGCUCCACUUGAAAUGUACGCCAUCAUGAAAAUGUGCUGGAACCUGGAGCCCACAAGCCGUCCAACCUUUAGCAAAAUCGGACAAAUGAUAGAAAAGCUACUCGGGGGCCAUCUUGAGGAGGAGCAGGUAAUCUACCAGAAUAUGCAGCAGGAGGUCACAGAGGCCGACGCGUAUGACGAGCCCAAGUGUCGUGACGGCCCUUGUGACCAGUCUUGUGACCACGAAGAAGAGGAGCAGCCUCUGAUGAAGACAAAUAACUAUCAGUUUUGUUGAAGGAGCCCCGGACAACAAUGCAUUUGUAGGAACAUUGACCACCAAAACAAAAACAAAAAAAGAGGAUAAUGAUGAUAGUAACAAAAUAAAAAGAAAUAAAGCGAGAUCAGCUGCAGCCCGUGGGCUGAGGCCUUUUGCGUGAAGCGCUGCAGACUGUUACCCUCUCAGCUAUUUUUUGCCCACUGUGCCUCGCCAGACAGACGGCUGGCUGCAGCGAAGCAUGUGACCCGCUUCUGUGCAGACCAUGACUAGAAACUGCCAGUUCUAACCUCGGCUGCAGACACGGAGGGAGGAAACACGUCAACAAGCGUGCGGGCUUUCAGAGCCGUUCUCUAUUAAAAAUAUCACCCUGUCUUUGGGAAAACAUCAAUAUGCAAGACAGUUUUUACUGCCAUAUGAUAAGUCUUGUUUUUUUUUUGUGGAGGUUGAAAUCAGCAGGAUCACUUCCUUUUAAUUAUUCAAUUGCAAGCGCUUGCAGAAGAAGCAGGUAUAUAAUUGCUAACACUGGGCUAAAACAGCUUGAUCUGGGAUUUUGUCUCCUUCAGACGUUUUUUUUCUUCUCCCUCUAUAGCUUAAAGUUCAAAUGUUUCUUACAUCUGAACAUGGUAAAACAACCGAUUCGAGAAGGCAAAGAAAGCCCGUGUUGUUUUCUCCCUCUGUGCCUCGGUCAUGGCUAUUUUACUUGCAACACACUUACAAGGCUGCCCAGUGGUUAGCAACAUGUGAUUGUUCUGCUUCACUUUAAUUCAUUUACCAGUGCUCAGCGUAGUUUAGCAGCAGCAAAAUCUGUGGAUCUAUUCUGCACCAGAGAAACCUUUCAUAUCUGACAAUGUGAACUUCUUUUUCUCGUUUUAUUUUUUUUAAAUGUCCAUUUUGUAAGUCAAAACUAGAUCUUUUCAUCUCCAGCAUUAGUUGAAUGUUUGGAUAAAAAAAAAAAAAGGUUUCACUAAUGUCUGUAUGUAGCAGUCAGCCUACACUGCCAAAUGUGUGAUGAUUUUUAGAAUGACUUAUAAGCUAUGUGAGCGAUACAGACUGCAAAUUUGCGCGAUGUCAGGCAUUUUGUGUGUGUUUGCAUCUGAAUGAAACACAGGUGAGAUUUCUCAUAGUGUACAUAUAUAUAUAUAGAGAUAUAAAACACAAUCAAGGAUUAUCUUUAUUUUCCACUGAAAUGCGGUAGAUUGUAGCACAUCAACGUUUCAGUGAGUGUUUUUUGUUUAAAUCAGUGCACGUGCAGUUGAGGAAUAAAGCAUUACCAAUAAACGACUGAUUUCCUCUUCAGUGUCGCUGAA